GACAGUGAAGCCACGGAAUUGGCAGAGUCUCUAUAACUUGCACUUAACUGUUGUGGAAUUCAGACCCCAAGGCUUCUUCGGAGCGGUGUGCUCUGAAGAGAAGUGUUUUAACCAGGAGCCAGGAAUAUUUGACAGCAUUUUCUUUGUUUCCAAUUACAGCGUUGAAGAAAACCGUCCCACUACUAAAAUAAAUAACUGCCUAAAAUAAAGAUUAUUGUAAGUACCAAAGGAGAAGCCUGAGAAAGAGGAAGCAAACCUCAUGGAGGACAGUACCAGGAUGGAGAAAGAGGACUCAAGUGAAAGCCAGAUGUCAGCAUAUCAAAGGAGACGGUGCAUCCCCAGGGUGCUAACCUACGUCACUGGGGAUAUGAGAGAGCUUGCCGACUGGCUGAAAGACAAACCCCCGCUGCUCCAGUUCGUUGACUGGAUUCUUCGGGGCAUAUCCCAAGUGGUCUUCAUCAACAACCCCAUCAGUGGAAUACUGAUUCUGGUGGGGCUCCUGGUGCAGAGCCCGUGGUUGGCUCUCAACGGCUGUGUGGGAACGGUGGUGUCCACCCUGACGGCCCUCUUACUCAGUCAGGACAGGGCAGCCAUAGCGGCAGGGCUCCAUGGCUACAACGCCACGCUGGUGGGGAUCCUCAUGGCUGUCUUCUCAGACAAGGGAGAAUAUUUCUGGCUGCUGUUAAUCCCCGUGACUCUGAUGUCUAUGACGUGCCCAAUUUUCUCAAGUGCACUGGGCUCCGUGUUUUGCAAAUGGGACCUGCCUGUCUUCACCCUGCCCUUCAACAUGGCGCUGUCCAUGUACCUGUUGGCCACAGGACAUUACAAUCCCUUCUUCCCAACCAUACUGUUCACACCUGUAAGCACCGUUCCCAAUGUCACCUGGUCUGAGCUCAGCGCCCCGCUGCUGUUGAAAGCUGUGCCUGUGGGGAUCAGUCAGAUCUACGGCUGUAAUAGCCCGUGGACUGGAGGCAUCUUCCUGUGCGCCAUCUUUCUCUCCUCCCCACUCAUAUGCCUGCAUGCAGUCAUUGGCUCACUGCUGGGGAUAGUAGCAGGACUCAGCCUCUCGGCUCCAUUUGAGAACAUCUACGCUGGCCUCUGGGGGUUCAACAGUGCCCUGUCCUGCAUUGCAAUUGGAGGCAUGUUCAUGGCACUCACCUGGCAGACCCAUCUCCUGGCUCUUGCCUGCGCCCUGUUUACUGCCUACUUUUCGAUCAGCAUGUCCCAUAUGAUGGCUGUGUUUGGCUUGCCAGCCUGUACCUGGCCCUUCUGCUUGGCUGCGCUCCUUUUCCUCUUGAUCACCACGGGAAACCGCAACAUCUACAGAAUGCCGCUGAGUAAAGUCACCUACACGGAAGAAAACCGAAUUUUCUAUAAGCAUGCUAAGAAAAGGAUGGCGGAAAGCCCUUUGUGAGAACAAGGUCAAUGUUCACCACGGCCAAGGUCACAAGGCAUUUCUGACCCCCUGCCUGGCAAACUGUCAUUUUCACUGCUAGCAACUUUCAUACUAACACUCCGGUGAUCUGCUCUUAAGACAUAUUUUUGGUUUUUCAUUUUAGACUCCAAGAACAUCUUCAGACAUGGGAGCAAUAUAUCCCAUGGGUGUGCUCUGGCUGGGGAAUUUUAAACUCUAAUGGGUCCUUGGCACUAAGACUGUCCCAUGUUUAUGAGUCAUGGUGCUCCAACAAAAAGAAGGGAGGCUAGAGCUAGAUAUUGAUUUAUUUUUAUAGAUUCAUCAUAUUUGAUUGCUUAGAUGACGCUAACAGUAUUAAACAUUAAGCUCUAUGAACCUACUGAGCCUCAGGUGAAUGGAACUCACAAUCACAAAAUCAAGGUCAACCUGGUAUUCUCAGCUAAGCAGGCUGGCUUGUUAAAAUCAAUAUAAGUUGCACAUUGUAGACAUGGUUAGCACUGGGGAUGGGAGUGGGGAGACAGGAGCAGAGCAGAUUGUUCACUGAGCUUAUUCCUGGGUUCCUUAGUCUUGAUGUUUGGGGGUGGGAGAUGUUGUUUUCUUUUUCCAACUGAUGAAGCUACAGGAAGGAUAAAGAGAUUUAAUUAGUACAAUUUUUCUAUUUUGUCACUUUCCUUAGGAAACUGAAAAAGCUUUUUAAAAAAAAUUUUUAAUUAGUGAAACACCAUGAGGUAUAGUUGUAGACUUACACAUUUUUGUGCU